GGCUCCCAAUUUACUUUUUCAAAUACCGUCACUCACACACAUUCACAAUUCAAUGACCCAACGGCCAGGGAAAAAGGUUUUAGUCACUGGUGUAGCUAGCUAUAUCGGCAUUCAUGUUGCUGAUCAAUUUUUGCAAGCUGGAUACCAUGUCCUUGGUACUGUUCAAACGGGUGAAAGGACAGAUCACAUUGUUAAAUAUUUUUUAAAGUACGGACAUGGUAAAUUCGUUGUCCAAGAAAUUGGAUACCCAGCGGAGGACAAUGUUUAUGACUUCGUUGUUCAAGGAGUCGACAUUAUUGCUCAUGUUCCUCAUGUCGUUUAUGGUAGUGUCCCGGGGAACCCAAUGAUCCACGUUAUUGAGCCAGCUGUGAAGAGCAUGUUGACUCUACUCAAUUCAGCUCAUCAAUACGGCACAAGAGUCAAGCAUAUUGUCAUCACGUCCAAUUUGGCCAGCAUCUUACACUUGGAUACCAAACCUGGAUACGAGUACAGCGAGGACGACUGGAACGACUGGGCAAUGGCCACUGUUGAGAAAAACUUAAGGAUCGGCAACCAAAAUGAUCCAAUAAUAGCUUAUUGUGCUAGCAAGUAUAAAGCUGAACAAGCAGUCUGGGAAUUUCGAAAGCAGUAUACACCACGAUUCGCCAUAACCACCAUUAUUCCAUCGUAUGUCGUGGGGCCAGUCAUCCCUCGUCCAGAAACAACGAGAGACGUUGAAGAUGUGUCAUCUGUGAGACAUUUUAUACGGUACUUUUCUGGAGAAGCGCAAGACCCAAGGCUUAAUACAUUCAGUGGCAACUAUGUCAGUGUCGUCGAUGUUGCCCUUGCUCAUGUCAAAGCAGCGCAACUGGGCAAAGCCGUCGACGGGGAACGAUUUAUUGUCGCAGCUGGAGAGUUUUGUUUCCAGCAACUAGCCGACAUACUUCGAGAAACAUUUCCCGAAAGAAGCGAAAUCAUAGCUGAAGGGCAUCCUGGACAAUAUACUCACCCUGUACAACUUGUCAACAGCACCAAAGCUCAAAAGGUGUUGGACAUUCAAUAUACACCCAUGAGGCAGGUCAUUGUAGAUACCAUCGAGAGCUUUAAACACCUGUAUUUAUAGAGGAACCAAUAGUCAAAAACAUGUUUUUCCACAUGGCAACCUGUAAAUAAUGUAAUAAAAGUAAUUACCCAAAAAUUGCUAGGCAACGA